GCUCAAUUUUUCCUCCACGGAAUGAACCAUGUUCGAUAUCAAAAGUGGGUGUUCCGUACAGAAUGGAAACAAUAAAAGAGACCCACCCACUCAUAGAGAAAUAGCAGCGUGUCCUCCCUGGCACGGUUUCCCACCCGAACGACUACAGCUACAGUCGCCAGAAUGAGUUAUCCUGGAUACCCACAGCCUGGUGGCUACCCCCCCCAGGGUGGCGGCGGCUACCCCCCCCAGUCAGGGGGCUAUCCCCCACAACCUGGGGCCUACCCACCUCAAGCUGGUGGCUACCCUCCUCAAGGGGGUGGCUAUCCGCCCCAAGCUGGGGGCUACCCUCCUCAAGGGGGAGGCUAUCCACCGCAAGCUGGGGGCUUCCCUCAACAGGCCGGUGGCUACGCUCCUCAGGCUGGUGGCUUCCCACAGCAAGCAGGGGGCUACGCCCCCCAGCCGGGUGGCUUCCCUUCCCAAGGAGCAGGAGGGUAUCCACCCCAGCCUGGUGGCUUCCCAUCCAUGCCUCCAGCAGGUGGUAACGCUGGUUGGGGAGGUGGACCUGGCUUUGGAACGCCCCAGGGCGGCGGUGGCAUGCCCCAAGGAUAUCCAGGUGGUCCCGCCCCAGGUCAGCAGCCCAUGCCAAAUUACCCAGGAGCCCCUGCGCCUAACCCGUCCAUGCCAGCCUAUGGAGGAGGGGCACCUGCAGCAUCCAUGGCACCAGCUGUUAAUAGAGGAUUCCGAGGAUCAAUCAAGGACUUCCCUGGGGCAGAUCCUCUGAGGGACGUGGAAGUCCUCAGGAAGGCCAUGAAGGGUUUUGGCACUGAUGAGAACGCUGUAAUUGAGCUACUAGGAAGUCGCUCUAACAAGCAACGUGUACCACUGCUGAUGGCCUACAAAACCACUUAUGGAAAGGAUUUGAUUUCCGAUUUGAGGUCAGAACUCACUGGAAACUUUGAGCACCUUGUCCUGACCAUGUUGAAGACACCAACACAGCUGGCUGCAGAUGAACUGAGAGAAGCCAUACAGGGAGCUGGUACAGAUGAAGCAUGUCUGAUUGAGAUCCUGGCUUCUCGCAACAAUGCAGAGAUCCAAGAAAUCAAUGCCAUUUAUAAAGCAGAAUAUGGCAAGAAACUGGAGGAUGCAAUCAUUAGUGACACUUCAGGACAUUUCCGCAGACUGCUGGUCUCCCUUUCUCAGGGUAAUCGAGAUGAAAGGGAAAAUGUGGAUAUCUCUGUGGCUAAACAAGAUGCUCAGAGGCUCUAUGCUGCUGGUGAGAACAAGGUUGGAACGGACGAGUCGCAGUUCAACGCCAUCCUCUGUGCAAGAAGCAAGCCUCACCUCCGAGCAGUUUUCCAGGAGUACCAGCAGAUGAGUGGCAGGGACAUUGAGAAGAGCAUCUGCAGAGAGAUGUCUGGGGACUUGGAGACUGGAAUGGUGGCUGUUGUGAAAUGCAUCAAGAACACGCCCCUCUACUUUGCUGAGAGACUUCACAAGGCCAUGCAGGGCGCUGGCACCAAGGACAGGACCCUGGUCCGGGUUAUGGUGUCUCGCUGUGAGGUCGACAUGUUGGACAUCCGUCAGGCGUAUGUGCAGAAAUACGGAAAGUCACUGUAUACGCACAUUUCUGGUGACACCUCUGGAGACUACAAGAAGCUGUUGUUGAAGCUGUGUGGUGGAAAUGACUAGGAGAACAUAAAGCGGUCAUGAAGUUCAGGAAGGUCUGGCAAUCUCAAUGUACCGUACAUGUACUCUUAUACCUCGCUGUAGUGUGCACUCUAGCAAUGCAUGUUUUUAUACGUAUACUUUGAUUAUGCGUGGCUAGUUUCCUUUUAUAUCCUGCAGUGAGAAAGAUAUAACGAGUGAUUAUUUUUUAUGUAUAAUCAUUCACUGUUUGUAUCGUUUGACUGAAUAUUUUGAGUAUGUAUCUCAGACUAAAUGUGUUGUAUAUGUCCAGACCUAUAUAUAUUAGCCAGCUGUAUUGAAAGUAUAAUGAGUACUAUCAUAUCAUAUCACUGACUGCCAAAUUGAUAUAGCCAUUCUACUAACAAAUAUAUAAAUACUUUUUAAUGUCUCCGCUUCUAAUGCUAUGCAAUUUAACAAAAUGUAAAAUUAAAUCUUAGAUGUCUGCAUUUGUAAUUUAAGUAAUCUUGCAAACUCUGUUGGAAAACUAAUUUCCAAAAAAGUUCCUUUUUUAUCUUUUGAAGAUAAAAUAGUUUUCUCUUUGAAUAAAAGUCCAGACAUUUCUGCAGUAAAUAA